CCGGAGUGUAACGCAAUAUCUCACAGUGGCUAACAUCUGAAAACGACGCUGAUUGUGCAAAAGGAUUUUUGAAGGAUGGAUUGAGCAUUGACCUUUGGGAUUACGGAACAGAGGCAGGGUGUGUGUGGAGAGAGUGUGUGUGUUUAACAGCUGCUUGAAGACACAGGUAACUUAUUAACAGCAAGAAAGGAGCAGGGAGUUCACUACGCCUCGGCCUGCUGCAGAAUGGAAAUCCAGCUUCGCUGUGCUCUCACCACCUGAAAGCCAAUAAAAACGUUUUCACACACUUGGAUAUUGCGUUCCCUCACACACACCACAAGAGUGCAGGACGCUGUAGAAAGGGAGUGAGCACGCGCUGGGAUCACAUGCAGACAAUCAGCACUCUGCUGGCUGUGCUGUGGUGGGGGUGGCGGUAGGGAGGUGGAAGUCACUCCGACCAACAAACACUCCAGGCUGUAAACAUGGAGCCCUUGGAGGAGUACCACUCGCCCUUUGACUUUGAACAAGGAGUGAACGCCAACUACCUGUACCUCUCGCCGGCCUACAGCGACACGCCGCCCAGCUCGCCAGCUGUCAGGACCAGAGGUUCCCAGCUACAUCCAGUCUCAGUCCCUGAGGUGGGAGAAGAUGCAGUGAAGUCUGUCGGCCCCUCUCCCCCUCCCCCAGGCAUGACAGAAGAGGAGCAGCAGGAGCUACAAGAAGAGUUGGUCAAGGUUGAGGAUGAGAUCCAGACUCUGUCCCAGGUGCUGGCAGCUAAGGAGAAGCAGCUGGCGGACAUUAAGAGGCAGCUGGGCAUCACACCUCUCAACGAGCUGAAACAGAACUUCACCAAAACCUGGCAGGAUGUCACCACCUCCAUCGCCUAUAAGAGGACCUCUGAAACUCUGUCCCAGGCGGGUCUGAAGGCCACGGCGGCGUUCUCCAACAUGGGCUCAGCCAUCACCCGGAAGCUGGAGGAUGUCAGUAUGCGCUCAUUGCAACACUCAGCUAGUAUGCCUGUCAUGAGGAAUGCAGCACCAACCUUCAAGUCCUUUGAGGAGAAAGUGGAGACUUUGAAGACUACGAUCAGUCCCCCAGCCUCCUCCAGUAGCCAAGGCGAGCAGGCGGGCCCCUCCAAUGAGACUUUGACCGGUGUGCCUGAAGGCUCGCCCCCCCAGGAGACUCCAAUGAACUGAGACCUGCCUGACCUCCCAGCCGCCCCUCCUCACUUGACCCCAUCACCCCUGGACCGCCAACACUCGCCCCCUAAACUCUUUGUGUGCCAGUCUCCCUUUUUAUUGGAAACAAGUGACUUAACACAGCCUGUGAUCUAAUUGUCUGGUCUCUUUGUUUGACACGUGCGCUCUCUUGUUAUCUUGUGUGGAAACUGAAAGCAUGGGAUGGGUGCAGGCAUGGGGUCUCGUGUCGACCAGACGUAUUUGAGUCUACUCUGGCUCGCUGUGGGAGAAAUACUCCCUGCUGUAGGACUUCUCCUUUUCUCCCUAUUUAUCUGCCUUUGUCUUACCAGCAACACUCAGAUGCCAAACAUGUUUGUUUUUCUUUGUCAAAUUAACACUGUUUAACAUGUUUUUGAGUGUAACAAAAAAAAAAAUAUAUAGAAAUAUUACAAAAUUGACAAGAGAAAGAUUUAUACCAAAAAAUACAUUAUUAUAAGCACUUGUUUUGUCUAACUCCAUUUUGUGGCUGUUUUUGGUUUACCAUUUUGGGGCCUGGAUCAUUUCCGUUUUCUUUGUUAAACUUAGGACAACGCACAAUCCUAAAUUAGUCUAACACUAGUGUCAUAUAUGUACCUUUUGUAUACUUUACCCCACAGUACUGAGCCAACAAUACUGUGUGUCACGACUGCAGCCACCAACUACAAAGCUGGUAUUUCAAAACACACUUCAGAAUAAAAACCUUUCCUUUUUCCAUUGUUAAGAGUCUGUCAGAAAAUGGGCUCCACGCUCAUAUAGUUACAGGAAAACAGCCAAGAUCAGUAAAACAGCAGCAGAGCCAACACAGUCGAGAUUCAGCCUUGACCCGAGGUGAGUGAAAUAAAUGUGUCUCUUCCAGAGCCAGAGUCAAUAUUUAAACACUAGUCCAUUGUUUCUGCCUGGGAGGCAACACCUAGUCUCUCCCCUUUCUGUCGAUAAGCAAGGCAGAGACUCCUGUGGCAGUUUUAUUGUUUACUUUUAUAGAAGUAUUGAACUAAAUUUCCCUUAGUGUUCAAGUUUGACAUUGUUAUUUUAGCCAUGGUAGCAGAAUGGCUCUAUAAAUGGUAGCAGGCUGUUUGGUUAGUCCAACACUGAAAUAUCUUAAUGAUUGGAGGAAUGUCAUCAAAUAUUUUACUAAGUCAUUAAUUCCCUUUUGGGGAUCCCUUAACUUUUAGUUCUUGCACAAUCACUGUCUUAAUUUCUCCAAUCCUUUGGUUCAUGACAAUUCAUUGUAUGCAAAUUAGCAAGCUAACGUUGCUAUUUAGCCAACCUGACCUGCUAGCAUGGCUGAAAUCUUGUUAAAAAAUUAUUUUGAGACAAAUGUUCAAAUUCUGCUUUUGUUUCAGAGUCUGGGAAAAAUAUACAGUAGUACAGGAUUAAAAACAGUAUUUUUUGAAAAUGCUGCUUUCAAACAGACCAAAAACCUUUUCUAAUUGUUUCAAUAUGGUUAUAUCAGCAGUGGCCUUAAUCACAUAACACUUUUCUUGAGUUGGCUUUAAAUCUCAUGUUGCUUUAGAAUGAUUAAAUAUUAUAAUCUAUUUCACUAAAUAGUUACACUCAAAAUAUAUUUUUAAUAUGCACAAGGCUUUUGAUGAAGGUAAAAUAAAACUUGAAAGGCAAACAGAGCUGGUCUGAACACAGCCGAGGUUUCCUCUGAUAUACAGAUGGAGGACACUAACACUUCUCCUGUUACGAUGGGCAGGACCAGCAUGGUACAAAUCUUCCCCUGCUGGUGUUCAAUCGCAAAACAUGAAUGUGAAUCAACUCUUCCAUUUAAUCAUUAGUGUAGCAGUUGGCAUAAGAAACUAGAUCAGUGUCCCAGGAAAAUGCCAAAUACGGGCUUUCUGCUGUUAAGAUCUUGUUUUCGCCAACCAUCACAAAAAUGUGUUUGCUAUUCUGAGUUGACAGUGUAUGGAUUUUUAACAGUACAGUAUCUCCUGUCCUCAUGUAACAUCACUUUCUAGCCAUGACCUGGUUCCCUGAGAGAUUUAGUUACACAGCCUUUUAUCUCAGGCAUGAGGGUUUUAUUUGCAUUUAGUCAUGCAAACAGUGACACACACGAUUUGUUUGUUCUUUAAUUGGAACCAUGGAGUGAAAACAUGCACUUUAAUGAAAAAUACCUCUGAAGAAACCUUGUUCUGAGUCUUUGUAACAAUAAAGGUGAAAUGGGGAUUUAUUUACAUGCAUGGGAAGUUUCUCAAAUGCAACAUGCCACUGCUUUUUGAAGGAUGUGACAUUCUUUUUAACAAAUCAGUGUGUCUAUCAGGAAACACAUCAGAAUUAAUUCACAGAAGGUCCAAACAUGUGACUGUAUGCCU